AUGUUUCGAAGAGUUAGGAAAGAAAAACAAAAAAUGUUAUUGGAUAUUCACCAGACUGCUGCAUUCACAAAUAUACCAUCACCAUCAUCAACUAAUUUAGCAUUGUCACCAGAAAGUACAUUCGCUGCUACAGUUACAUGUUGUAGCAGUAUCCCGGAACACAGAGCCAAUUCCGAAAGUAGUAUCGCCGAAAAUAUUUAUACAUCUUUAGAACAGAAUUCUGCAGACUUUGUUUCAAAAUCUGAUAAUUCCAAAGAUUUACCAUCUCAAUUAAGACAUUGGGCUACUGUAGAAUACAAAAUUCCACACAAUGCUCUUAACAGUCUGUUGAAAAUUCUUAAUCCUAUUUGUCCCGACCUACCUGGAGAUAGCAGAACCCUUUUAAAUACACCAAUGAAUAUAUCAAGUAUCUCUUUGGAGUCUGGAGAAUUAGUGCACAUUGGUCUCAUGAAUCAAAUUCAGGAACAAUUAAAGUUAUACAGUGUAACCAAAUUUAAAAAUAAAGAAAUAUUGUUGUCGUUUAACGUGGAUGGGUUGCCGCUUUUCAAAAGUUCCAAUACACAAUUAUGGCCUAUACUAGGGUUAAUCAAAAACUUUCAUAAUGCACAACCAUUUGUAAUAUCUCUUUUCUGUGGAAAUUCUAAACCUUCGCCCUUGACUCUGUUUUUGGACCCAUUUGUUGAUGAACUAUCUAAAUUACUUAAUGAUGGAAUUGAUUUCGAAGGGAUUUGUUAUGUAGUCAAAGUACAUAGUUUUGUUUGUGACGCUCCUGCUAGAGCUUUCAUUAAAUGUACUAAAACACAUGGUGGAUAUUCAUCUUGUGAUAAAUGUGUAGACCCGGGUGAAUAUAUUCAGGGUCGAGUAAUUUAUAACAGCGCGUCUGCUACUAGGAGAACUGACAUACAGUUUCGUUUGCAGUCUGAUGAAGACCAUCACCUCGGUGAGUCUCCACUUGUUGCCCUUCCUAUAGAUUUAGUAGCAUCGUUUCCCGUCGAUUACAUGCACGCCGUAUGUUUAGGAGUCAUGAGGAAACUUUUAAAUGUUUGGGUCGGCGGUGAUUUAAAUGUUCGCUUAAGUAGUCGUUUAGUGAAAGCAAUUUCGGAAAAGUUGUUGAACUGUGCCAGUUAUAUACCUGUAGAGUUUAACAGGCGACCGCGAAGUUUGAGCGAGUUGGCUCGCUGGAAAGCUACAGAAUUUAGGAUGUUUUUGUUAUAUACGGGACCCGUAGCUCUAAAAAAUAUUCUUCCGGUCUCACUAUAUGAAAAUUUUUUGUUGUUUCAUUGUGCUAUAACAAUUCUCAUUUCUCCUAAACAUAUUAACCAAAGAGGUACAGGUUUAGCGCACGAAUUGUUAUUAAUGUUCAUAAAACAUUCCAUAACUGUUUAUGGCCGUACAUUUAUAGUUUAUAAUGUUCAUAUGUUAUGUCAUUUAUGCGAUGAUGUUAGUUUAUUUGGCGCUUUGGACAAUUACUCCGCAUUUCCGUUCGAAAAUUAUUUGGGCAUGUUAAAACAUUUGGUAAGGUCGCCUAACAAACCAUUACUACAAAUUGUUAAAAGAUUAAAAGAAAUGAAGCCAUCAUUGCCUCCAAAAUAUGAAGUAGAGUUACCAGCUGCUUUUUAUUGCAAUAGUUUAGGACCAACGCCUAUUGAUAACAAUGUUUAUGAAUGCUUUAAGAAACUUGUAUAUAACGGUUUUACAUUGUAUGUUAAAACCGUUCGUGUAGGUGAUUGCUUUUGUUAUGCAAAUGGUAAAAUAGUUGAAAUACACAAUAUUCUAAGUUGUAAAAUCAAUGAAAAGCAAUGUUUCUUCAUUUAUGGAAAAGAAUUUGUUAAAUAUGAUUCAUAUUAUACAUACCCUUAUGACUCUACGAUGAAUGAUAUUUUUAAAGUCUCUGAACUCAGUUCUGAUUACAAAAUUUUACCUCUGUGUGACAUUAUUUCAAAAUGUGUUGUUAUUCCCCAAGAUAUUAAUGGGAAUUGUUUUAUUUGUUUUCCUAUGCUCCAUGCAUAUUGUGAUUGAUUGAUGCUACGAGUAGCCAACAACUUACAUGGUAUUGUGUGUGACACUCCUGUAAAGCUUUAAUUUUAUUACUCUGCGUGAAUUGAUAUUUGUAAAGUAUCUGAACUGGGUUCUGAAUUUCUGAUUACAACAUUUUACCUCUGUGUGACAUUAUUUCAAAAUGUGUAAUUCCCCAAGAGACUAAUGGGAAUUGUUUUAUUUGUUCUCUUAUGCUCCAUGCAUAUUGUGAUUGAUUGAUGUUAUGAGUAGCCCAGGCAAAUUAAACAAUCUGGUUAAAUAAUAUUUAUGAAAGAAUCCAUUCAUAAAUAGGCCACGAAAUUUUGCACGUCAUUGUACGUAAGAUUGAAGAAAAUUUUAAGUCACCGGUGGUGGGGAGUAACAUAAUAAGCCUAAUUUCAGAAGUCCGGUAAUUACCUCUCCUGAUAGGCAUGUUUUUGUUUAAUUUGACUGGGCUAUGCGUGUAAUUAGUGAAAAAAACUCUCCUUUUAUUAAUAGGCCAAUCAAAUUAGAACCAAAAUCGUUUUGUGGAAUUAAUUUCCAGCAAGCUGGAAAUCAUUUGAAUACCUUCCUUUGGUCCUAAAUCCAUAUAAUCCGAGUUUGCUCCAUCCCAGGUGUUGAUAAAUUUUGGGAACCUUACAUUUUACCUUGGAUUAACAAAACCAUUCGAUGUAGAAGGAACCCACCAUCAAUUACAAUGUCACUACCAGCAAGCUUGUUGUGGAUCAGACACUGGUGAAAACAAAUUCGGAUUUUAGAAGAAAUUCAAAGUGGCGGCCGUGUUUACAAUCUUUGACUACGAAUUCAUAUAAGGGUAUCUUUCCGAUCCUCAGAUGUAAUUUGUUAUCGUGACUAGAUCAAAUUUUCCGUCGGACGUACCGUUUUUGAACUACAAGAAAAAAACUUAAUAGCAAAAAAGUUCCACAACUUCUGGAAUGGAGCAAACUCGGAUUACACAAAUUUAGGAUCAAAUAAAGGUAUUAAGACGAUUUGACUGGCCUCUUAAAAUACUUAAAAAGUACCUUGUUAAUAUUUAGUUUAUAAUUAUGUUAUUAUUAAACUACUAGUUCCUUGAUGUACA